AUGGCCACACCCCCGGGGGCGGUCUCACACAUGGCCACACCCCCAGGGGGCGGUCACACACAUGGCCACACCCCCAGGGGGCGGUCACACACAUGGCCACACCCCCGGGGGAGGGGCUCUCGCCAUCAGCAGCUGCUGGAGACAGCGGGUCCGGGGCCGUCAGAUGCUCCGCGGGCGCCGGGCGCUCAGCCCCGGGUUGGGGCGGCUUUGGCUGCGGGAGGCGAGCGGGGGCCCGGGGGAGCCGAGCCGCCCCCCCCCCCUCCCCCCCCCCCGCCCUACACUGACAGCGCCGCCGCUCUGUACAUCCACUGGCCUUACUGUGAGAGGAGGUGCACCUACUGUAACUUCAACAAGUACAUCCCGAGGGCGGUGGAUCACGACGUGAUGAGGGAAUGUCUGGUCCGAGAGACCCAAACGCUGCUGCGUGUCAGCCAAGUCAAGCAGAUCACGUCGGUUUUCUUCGGCGGAGGAACUCCGAGCCUGGCCAGGCCGUCCACCGUCGGGAGUCUUUUGGAGACGGUAGCCAAGACCACCUUCCUGGCCAGCGAUGCGGAGAUCAGUCUGGAAGCAAACCCCAGAUCGGCCGCGGCCUCCAGACUGGCCCAGUUUAAGGCGGUCGGGGUCAACCGCCUGUCUCUGGGAGUUCAGGCUUUACGUGAUGCCGACCUGCUGAUUCUGGGACGGGACCACACGGCUCAGGAAGCCCUGUGGAGCCUGGGAGAAGCCCGAGCCUUGUUCCCGGGCCGGACCUCUGUGGACGUGCUGUUCGGGAGGCCGGGCCAGAGCCUGGGCUUGUGGGAGGCCGAGCUGCAGGAGCUCCUGCUGCUCUGUGACCAUCACAUCUCGCUCUACCAGCUGACCCUGGAGAGGGGGACGGCACUGUUCAGACAGGUCAGCCAGAAGACCCUGAGCAUGCCGGGACCCGAAGAGAUGGCUGCCAUGUACACCGCGGCCAGGACCAUCCUGCAGGGGGAGGGCUUCCACCAGUAUGAGGUCUCCAACUUCGCCAGAAAGGGAGCAGUCAGUGUCCAUAACAUGGGCUAUUGGCAGGGCAAGCAGUACAUCGGUGUGGGACCAGGUGCUCACGGCAGGUUUGUCCCAUGGGGCGAGGGUAGCGGUCAGAGAGAAGCCAGGAUACAGACCUUGGAGCCUGAGAACUGGAUGAGGGAGGUCAGGAAGUUCGGCCACGCAACCAGGAAGAGAGUGCAGCAGAGCCCGCUGGACAUGUUGGAGGAGAAGCUGGUGCUGGGACUCCGGAUGAGCGAGGGAAUCACCCACGGAGAGUGGCUGCGGAGCUCGGCUGGAUUGAGUCUGUGGGCAGCGCUGGGGGAGUCGCAGCCAGUGCAGGACUACCUGGAGCAGGGGUUGCUUGUCUUGGACCAAAGGGGACUGCGGUGCACGUGGGAUGGCCUGGCCCUGCUGGACAGCCUGCUGCCCACCCUCCUCCACCAGCUCCACCUCUCGCACAAGGCUUCCACAGCUCAAGGCCUCUGACUCGCUCGCAAACUCCGAGCUCUGGGCCGGGAUUUCACACUCAUUCUGAGUCUCUUCAGACUGAAAUUGAAUCCUCCCCGACCAAAGUGACUGAUGGUGGACUGAGCAAUGCUGUGGCCAGAGGAAGGGAGGAGUCCAGGCCUAAACACAAGACAUAGGAACAGAGGAAUGUUCCCCUCCCGCCACCCCCCUGGACUGCCCCCCCCCACCCCACUCCCCUGGAGACAAAAGCCGUGUUGGAGACAGCGGUGUGAGGAGCUGCUUGUUUUGCUGUGUGAAGAUGUAAACUUCCCCAGCAGCUGAACACUGACACACACACACGUGUUUACGUCGGAAGAUUAUUAAACUUCUGCUCAUCUUGAAAGUUACUAUUUUUAUAACGUAAAAAUGACUAAGUGUGAAGGCGAACUCUUGCUAAAUGAACUUUAUCAAAUUCAGGGAUUAUUGUUCUUUGUAUAUUUAAUCGAAUUGUCAAAAUGCUGCUCAGGUUUUUUUUACUGUAAAGGGAAAUGACAAUAUUUUUAGGGAAAUAAAAUGUAUUGAAUGUUUUCCUGUCGCUAGUUAUUUGCUCUGAUCUUUCAUUCAUUCCUGCCACCUGCCGACAUUCUGUUUGGCUCCAGUGAUGCUGGCAAGACCCAGGGACGGCUGUUUGUACUGAUUUUCUUCCCCUCUCUGGCCUCUGUGACACAUCUUC